UGCUGAUCACUACUCUGCGCUUAGAAGUAGAACAGCGGCAUCAGCAUCAGGUCGUAGGCGAGCGUAGCCAUGGAAACACCUCCCCUCCUGACCCCUUACACCAUGGGGAGGUUCCACCUCGCCCACAGGGUUGUCCAUGCGCCGCUGACCAGAUCGAGGUGCUACAACAGCAUUCCUCGAGAACAUGUUGCACUGUACUACUCACAGAGGGCUACGGAAGGCGGCCUUCUGAUUGCUGAAGCCACCGGGGUCUCGGAGACUGCUCAAGGGUAUCCGAACACACCGGGUGUAUGGACGAAGGAGCAGGUGGAAGCUUGGAGGACGGUUGUGGAUGCUGUGCAUCAGAAGGGUGGUGUUUUCUUCUGCCAGAUCUGGCAUGUAGGGAGGGCUUCUACCAAUGAUUAUCAAGAUUAUCAGCCCAAUGGACAAGCACCAAUUUCUUGUACAGGGAAGAAGAUUGCACCUACAGUUCUCAAAGAUGGAACCAUUGAGGAAUUCUCUGCCCCAAGGAGGCUCAGAGAAGAUGAGAUCCCCCAAAUUGUCAGUGAUUUUCAGCUUGCUGCUAGGAAUUGCAUUGAAACAGGCUUUGACGGAGUAGAAAUACACUGUGCAUUUGGGUACCUAAUCGAACAGUUCAUGAAAGACAGUGUCAACGACCGAUCUGACAAGUAUGGCGGAAGCAUAGAGAAUCGUUGUCGCUUUGCUCUAGAGGUAAUCCAAGCAGCCAUCGAUGAGAUCGGAUCAGACAGAGUCGGUGUCCGUCUCUCACCAUACUCGAAUUGCCUAGACUGUUGGGACUCGGACCCAGAUGCACUUGGCAUCUACAUGGUCCAAGCCAUGAACAAGUUGGGUGUUCUCUACUGCAGCAUGGCUGAACCUGAGGUUGUCAAAGUGGAUGGCAGGGUACAAAUCCCUUACAAGCUAUGGCACUUCAGGAAGGCAUUUAGUGGCACUUUCAUCGUCGCCGGAGGAUACAACAGAGAAGAAGGCAACAGAGCAGUUUCUCAGGGUUACACAGACCUGGUAGCGUAUGGCAAGUGGUUUUUGGCAAACCCGGAUUUACCUAAGCGGUUCGAGCUGAAUGCGCCUCUGAACAAAUAUGACAGAUCGACGUUCUACACUUCUGAUCCAGUUGUCGGGUACACCGAUUACCCUUUUCUCAUUCCUUCUCUGUGACUAUUACAUCAAUUUAUUUAAGAAUGAAAUCUGCAACCUCACUCUUCAGAACUCUUAACUCGGAAUCACAAUCAAAUUAAGUUGAUUUAGCAAGAGUAGGUAGGAUAUGCUCAAUUGCUACUAACUGAUAUAUAGUUUGAGACUUGUGUAUGUUGUUUCUUAGCUUGAGUUUAAGCAUUACUGUUAGGCUACAUAGCUCAUGCCAUGCGUCACUUUUGUGCAUCUUAUUCUUUCUUCUUGAUUGCUUACCUUUCCUCGUCUGCUUCAGCUUCUGAACAAUUUGUUGUUAUGCUACCUCAUUUUGUUGCAUUUUCUGGAAAAAAAAAACAUCGAGUAUGGAGGCUAAAAAGGAUCGAUGUUGUCAUCCAUGAAUGGAACCCUUGCUUGGUUUUCAAACU